AUGCUAGCAGCCGUGGUUCUUCUUUUCGUUUCGUGUCUUGCCUACCAGCAGCCAAUUCCCGUCUCCAAUCAACGGGUCGCAAUUGUUGGCGCCGGAGCUGGUGGAUCGUCUGCUGCGUAUCAUCUCCAAAAGUUCACCGGUCAUGCAUUCAAUAUUACAGUUUUUGACAAAAAUGACUACAUUGGAGGCAGAUCGACUCCUAUUGAUUUCGACGGAGUGGCGGCCGAAUUGGGUGCCAGCAUUUUCAUCCAGGAAAACGAGUUGUUGGCCAAUGCUGCAGAGGUGUUCAAUUUGACCGUCACCGAAGGUUUUGGUAACGAGUCCUCGUUUGCUAUUUGGGACGGCCAGGCCAUGGAUUACAUUCUGGAACCGUCCUCGAGCGACAUCCUCACGUCGUUGAGACUGGUCUGGCGGUUCGGUUUGUACUCGAUUUCUAUCGUGAAAUACUACCAGUCUCAGGCCCUCGACUCUUUUAUCAGCGACUACUACCAAACCUACUUUCCUUGGCCCUCUCUCAAUUAUAUCACGGGUUUGGUCAAGUACACCAGCCAGAGCUCUCAAAAGUUCUUCGACUCUCUUGGGAUCAGCGACAAUUACAAGUCGUUCAUCCAGGGACUUACGAGAAACAACUAUUCUCAAAAACUGCCACAGAUUCACUCUCUUGGCAGUCUUGUUCUUCUCACAGGCAGCUCUUCUUUGCGAAUCAGCGGAGGAAACAACCAGAUUUUCCAAAACUGGCUGAAAUCAUCCAAUGCAGACGUUAAGCUUAACACUUCAGUGACAGCUCUGGCCAAGGAUAGUACCGGCUACACUGUUACUUACGGAUCAAAGUCAGAACACUUUGACAUUGUGAUUCUUGCUGGUCCGUACAACCAAUUAGGAAUCACCACCAAUGUUUCCGUCUCUUUGUCCGACGUGGAGUACGUUCACCUGUACGUCACGCUGGUCAGAUCGCCGCAUCUUCUAUCUGAAAGCACAUACUUCGACGACCCGAACACCCCGCAGAUGGUGUUCACCACUGACGGAGACGACUUCACCUACGUGGGAGCAAUUGGAUACAGCUCCGAGUACCAGGAGUACGUGUAUAAGGUGUUCAGUUUCCAAAACUUGGACGAGGACCUUCUUCAACGACUAUUUGGGAACUACUCCAACAAAUACGUCAAAGACUGGUACAGCUAUCCAAACUUGACUCCAAGAGACAAAUUCGACGACUUCAAGCUGGACAAUAAUUUGUACUACCUCAAUGCCAUCGAGCCUUUCCUCAGCACCAUGGAAACCUCGUCCUUGGCAGGAGCAAACGUGGCUGGACUCAUUGCUCAGGGGAAAAACACUACCGAAAUUUCAAUUCCAUAG